GUGUAAACGAUUUUCUCUACUUAUAGUUUUUCAUUGUGGUUGUUAGGCAGGACUCCGCGGCUGAUUUGCGCGGUAGCUACUGUACCGCCUAGUAGAAGUAUGGCGGACAGUUCAAGUUCACGGCCGCAGACAAGAGUAGCGAAGAGGUUGGAGAUGACGCCUAGGAGCACACCAGUAUGGGCAAAGAAACCGAGAACGACGCCGUCUUUGCUAGCAGAAAGGCGAUCAUCGAGAAGAUUAUUAGCUACUCCUAGAGGAUUGUCAUUAUCGAGAACACCUGUUACAAGAUGUCUUGAGGCAACUGAUGAGACAGCACGAAGAGCAAGGUUACCACAGACUAGAGGCAAACAGCAAGUGAAACACAGUGAAGUGUUGACUGGAAGGAAAUGGAAUGUCUACAGUGUGUCUCUCUUGUACAAUCUGCAGGCCAUGAUUGACAGCCUUGGCUCAUAUUCUCGGUCACUUACUGCACAUGUGAAAGUUGGAAUAGAAGGAGGAGCGGCUGCAUAUUCGCUGGAUGGUAAUGAGGGAGAAGAUGUAGAGAACGAAGGAAAGCUGACAGUUACUAAAGCCACCAUAACAAUUAUGAAAGAUUUGAAAUCAUAUGUUACUGAUCAUCCAGCUAUCAGAAUCACAAUGAAUGGAAGAAAAGCAGCAGGUAAGAACGCUAUUCUUUUUGAUGGAGUUUUAUGUGGAUGUGGAACUGGUAGUGAAGGAAAGUUUGUGUCAUUGCCAUUGCUACUAUGGAAUGGACUUUUAUCAGUUGCAAGGCAUUUGUUGGACUGGUUGCAGGCAACAUUUGACUGUAGAAUUUCUAGACUAGACAUUCCGUCUUACCAUCUUGCCUACUUGGUUGCCAAUUGGACUCGGUUUACUUCAGACAAGCUGAGGAAUUUGAAGUUAUGCUUUAGUCCCAGCAGGCAUGUUAUUGAUCAAGGACUCAACCAGAUUACUAUGACAGUUGAGCAUAAGGAUGCAAAGGCUUUACUAGCAAGUAUUCACAGUGACAUGGACACAGAGUUGACUGAAGAAGAAGCAGAAAGAUUUAUGUUGGCUCUUUCUGGUCAUAUUCGCGAUAUCUUGAAAAUUCGAGUUGAUAUGAUGACACUUAAUUGUGUGACAACCUGUGUCGCUAAAGUGUCUUCUAAUGGAGUCCUGACGGUAUUCAGUCAAGAACAUGUCCUUCAAAUGCUGGAGUUUCUUACAAAUGUUGCUGGUUGUUAGAAUUGUAAGUAUCAGACAGUACUCAUACUUGCUGCAUGUUGCUUCGUAGCACUGCCAUACAGACAAAGUAGAUAGUGAAAUGUGGCUUUCUUUGUGCAGCUAUUAAGUAAAUCAUAAAGUGAAACGUGUUACUGUCAGAGUGUCUUACAGGGCCUUUUUCACAGCCUCUGUUCAUGUGUACUGCUUCAGAAUAAGUGUAGUAUAAAUUGAAA